CAGUAAGUCUGGAAAACAGUUGGGCAAUGACACCGGAAAUUUUCCGAGAGUGCAGUCCUCCCCUAUUAAACAAUCUCUGGUCAAGUCCUACGCACGUUUAACUAUCGACGAGAGAUAUCGGUUGGUGCUGGCUUGUCUGCUGCGUCAUCAUUAAAGUUGACAUUCGCGAGAUGACUAGCGCCGCUUUGCGUUACGGUAACAAAGUUGUGAUUGUAACUGGGGGCUCAAGGGGGAUUGGCAGAGGUAUUGUCAAAGCCUUUGUGGAGAAUGGGGCAAAAGUCGUGUUUUGUGCCUUAGAAUUGGACACCGCUAAGGCGUUAGAGGCGGCGCUCAACCAGGAUGGGCCAGGUUCAUGUAAAUUCGUGUCGUGUGACAUAUCAAACGAGGAAGACAUCAAGCGAAUGAUUACUGUGACAGUUGAGCAGUACGGUCAGAUAGACUGUCUGGUCAACAAUGCCGGGUGGCACCCGCCUCACAAAUCCACGGAUGAGACGACAGCAGAUGAGUUUAGAUAUCUCCUCAAUCUAAACCUUAUCAGCUACUUCCUGACGUCUAAAUAUGCCUUGCCCCAUCUGCGAGAGCGCCAGGGGAACAUCAUUAACAUAUCCAGCCUGGUGGCCUCCAUAGGUCAGAAGCAUGCUGUACCUUACGUAGCCACCAAGGGGGCAAUCAUUGCUAUGACCAAAGCUAUGGCAGUGGAUGAGAGUCGCUAUCAAGUCAGAGUCAACUGUAUUUCUCCCAGUAACGUGAUGACGCCACUAUGGGAGGAGCUCGCAGGUCAAACAGCAGACGCCGCAGCUACAAUAAGAGCAGGAGAAAACGCCCAGCUUAUUGGUCGGAUGGGGACCGAGGUUGAGAGCGGGCUGGCGGCGCUGUUUCUGGCGGCGGACGCCACCUUCUGUACAGGGAUAGAACUGCUCCUGAGUGGGGGGGCUGAGCUCAACUAUGGAUUCAAGAGUCAGGUCCCAUAAGAUAGUAGCAGAGCCCGUCUACGGAGAGCCUGUCGACUCCCCAUUGAGCCCCAUUGUACCGAAUUUGGUUGCAGUUCCACCAGAGUUCCACUGGGGGUAAUUGUGAGCGAGUGCAAAAUGAAUGGGAGUCUAUGGAGCUAAACGGCAACAUUUGUCUCUUUCGACUGAUUGCCGUUCUCAGAAAUUUCAGAUUUGAUUGUAGUUUUUGCAUGUUCAACAUAGAUUAUAGGUCAAAAGUUAAAUUAACGAGUACUUAUGUCCUUUCAAUUUCUUACAGGGUGAGUCGUUGUCGCCCAUAACAUGCUAGCAUUCUGCUAAUGAAUGCUGAUUGGUUAGUGAAGGACUGAGUAUGACCAAAGAUCCCGCUUGAUGGCAUCCGAAGCGGAACCAGAAUGUCAGAGCAUUAGCAACAUUAGCAACAACAUUAGCAAGCCAAAACUCUUUCUAGCAUGUGUAUUGACAGGGAGAGCCUGUCAGCUGUGUUGUCGAUGCCU